AUGUUUGCAUCAAUGACCGGUGUCUUGACKUUUGCCGUCAAAAAUGUUGUCAAACAGUUGUGCAAAAAGGACUCAAAACGGUUGACUGAAAUUAUCAAUAGUACUCCAUGUGUUAAUAAAGCUAACGCUGAAUUUACAAAAUGUUACACUCAAGUGAUUGAUUCACUUCAGGGCGCAAAAUAUGCCAAUGAAUCCAAACGUAUACCACAUUUGUGUUGUGAGUACUAUAAGAUGUAUCCGUGUUUUUAUGAACGCACCAAACGAUUCCCUAUAUGUUCGACCAAAAAGGUGGACACAGUUUCCGAUUUUGUGAGAAACAUAUUUGAUAAUAUGGUAGGACUUAUUUGUGGUGAUUAUACUGAAAAUUCCGAUAAAUGCGAUCAUUUAGAAUUGCCGCCAAAAAAGCCAAAAAACGAUAAGCGGACCAAAUCUUUUGCGAUACCAUUAAUUGAAAUAUUGAGUUCAUUUCCAGAAAUUUAA